AUGAUCAGCCCGGGAAAUCAGUUUACGCUUGAAGAGCUUGGAAUAGAUUUCACAGAUUUGGAGGAGGAGUAUUCGAUCGCUCCUGAUCUGUCUACAGACCAUAUUUUGCUAUUAGACCAGAUUCCGAAAUUUGAGCCUGCAAAGGAAAAGGCUUUUAUAACUCUGCUUAAAACCAAACUGAUCGGAUCCUUUGGCACAAUUCGUGAAAAUGGCAUUUAUAUUCCUAAAGAUCCCGAAACAGGAAAUUGCAAAGGCUUUCUUUUUGUCGAGCUAGAGGACGCCACUCAGGCCAAGAAUGUCCAGCAGGCGCUUCAUGGUAGAGUGUUAGACAAGAACCAUACCAUUCUGGUCCUUCCAUUUUCGGAGCUUGCAUCGAUCGCGUCAACCCCCAUCACGGAAUUCAAGUUUACACCAGAGCCAUUUACCGAAAAGGGGCACCUAAAGUCAUGGCUAUGUGAUGAACGAGCCAGGGAUCAAUUUCUUGCUCAUCAUUCCGAUUCGAUAUCCAUUUUCUGGAAUGAAGGUGCUCACCAAGAUGAGCGUGUUUUUUCACAGUCCAACAUCUCGGAUCGAUUACAAUGGUCAACUACUGGAAUUUAUCUGGCCUCUUUCCACCAACAAGGGAUUAUGAUUUCAGGCGGGCCCACAUUCCAGCCCAUAAAUCGGUUUUCCCACCCCGGGGUGUUUGCGGUUGAGUUUUCCAAAGCAGACAAGUUCAUGGUAACUUAUAGCGCCAAACCGAUUGCUGGCCUCAAUAGUAACGUGGUGAUUUGGGAUCUUUCUACCGGCAUGUUUGUGAAAACAUUUUUGUUUGAAAAUUUGAGCGAGCCCAAUGUCAAAUGGUCACACGAUGAUAAAUAUGCUGCCUUUGUCGGCAAAAACGAAGUGUUUUUGAUGAACUCCACAGACUCGUUUAAUUUCGUCAACGGGGGAAACCAAUCUUUGGGACUUCCUGCCAUUUCUGUGGUGGACAUUGCAUUCUCGCCUUCUAAAAACCUUCUUGCCUAUUGGAGCAUGGAGUAUGAAAAUACACCGGCCAAAGUUGCGGUUUUGGAGAUCCCAACGUUCAGGCUGCUGCGUAUCAAAAACCUGUUCAACAUAUCCCAUUGCAACUUGUAUUGGCAUGCUGAAUCGACAUACUUUGCGGUUUCCGUUGAUCGGUCAAAGGGAAAAAAGAGCAGCUCGAUUGAAAUCUUUCGUCUCAACGAAAAGGACGUUUCUGUGGAAUUUCUGGAGCUCAACGGGCUUCUGACCUCUUUUUCGUGGGAAAUGACUGGAGAUCGAUUUGCGACGAUUGAAAAUGACUCUGGAAAGCUUAUCAUCAAUUUUUACAACAUGAAAAAGCCCCUCAAAUCCAAGGAUUUUACCGUCACAUCCCGGUACGAAAUGGGGCUCAUCAAGUCAUUUGAAAAGAGAUCGAUUGGGUCUGUUCUUUGGAAUCCAAAGGGACGGUUUUUUGUCUUCUGUGGGCUCGAAAACAUGGCUGGAAUGUUGGAGUUUUACUCGAUCAACGAUAAAGAAGAGUUUGAAUUGCUAUCGUCGAUUGAAAACUUUAAUGCCACCCAUGCUGAAUGGGAUCCCUCGGGAAGGUUUUUCGCAACCUUUCAAUUGCAUUAUCUUUGCAAGUCCGACAACAAUUACACAAUUUGGGACUUUAGAGGCCAGACUUUGCGUCGCCAGCCCAUGGAUGUUUUGAAGAACUUUUCUUGGAGACCCAGACCAAAAAUCCUGCUUAGCCCUGAAAAGGUCAAAGACAUCAAGAAGAAUUUAAAAUCUUAUUCCGCUAUCUUUGACCAGGAAGAUCAGGCAAACAUCGUCAGUACUCAGCAAAAUCAAGAAAAGAGCAAACAAAAUCUUGUUGCCGACUGGAUUGCAUGGAAAAAGGCUGCUAGAGCCGACUGGUGUAAUAUCCUUAAUGAUCCCAACCUCUUUAACACAAAAAAAGAGCUAUCUGCAUCGACCACCGUCUCUGAGUGGGUUGAGGAGGUUCUUGAAGAAACAGAUGAGUAUUUUAAUUAA